GUAACCUCAGUGAAAUCUGAGCCUGGCUCGGCUCGGCUCGCUGUAUUUUGGGAUGUUUUACAUGGGGCAGGACAAAGACACGUUACCAGGCGGGAUUCGGACUGAGUAGAUGUUCCUGCUUUGGGAAAAAGGGGGACGAAGAAGAAGAAAGGACAUUGUUUGAGCAGAAGAAGAAGGAUUCAAGGACGGUAAAGUUGCUGCAGCUUCUCUCUUCUGUGUUGUGGUUUGUGUUGAAAUGUGCAGAGCUGUUAGAAACGGGUUAACGGAGGGAUUCCUGAAGUGAGGAACAGCUGACUGGAUGGAUUCUGACUGAAAACCGAAACCGACGAUCCCAGGAACAGAAACGGUGGACAUGAAGUUAAAAAUAGUCCUAUAUGGCUGAAGAUGUCUGUGGAUUCUAAUAACUCCUGUGUUUUACUGUCAUCUCGGGACUCCAGAACCUCCUGCAUCUUCCAAACUGCAGACGAGAAGGAUGACAUCCCAGGAGUGGGAGAGGAGAGUGUUCUGGAGAUGCUGAGUUACUCCAAGUUCUCGGACCUGGAGACAUGGCUGUGCAUGCCGUCCUCUCUGCUGCUGUCCAGGGACCUGGACUCCAUCCUGACCUCCUCCUCCUCUUCCUCCACCAACUCCUCUUCCUCACAUGUAUCCAACCACUCCACCCGCUCUGCACCAGCAUCCUCCUCCUCCUCUCCAUCCUCCAACCCCCGACACUCCACCUGCAGCGAGCCGGGAGAGACCAGCACAGCUCACAGGUCAUCAGAAGGUGAGUCCACCUUCCUCACCCCGUCCCUCCUCCCCAUCCUCUCCUCCACCCCCGCUGCUCCUCAGAGCUCAGAGACAACGGCGGGGGAGUCUACGUCCUCUCAGAGUGGGGUCACCAGGAAGAGGAGGCGGCUCGCUGCCAGUCCAGGAGGACUCCACUGGAACUCUGCAGGUUCGGUGCAGAGAGACUUCUGCUCACCUGAGCUGUCCCGGCUGUCGCCGAGGACAGCGGGAGGGGGAGGAGGAGGAGGAGGCGGGGUGAGGAGCCCCUCUCUGUCCGAUGGAGGCGUGGCGGCCCGGGGCAGCGAGAGGGCGGCGCUGAGGAAGACGGUGUCGGUUGACGACCGCCUGCUGCAGCCGACAGGUGGAGAGCUGCCUCACCUGAGACUGCUGAGCCGGCUGGAGAGAGGACGGAAGAAGCUCCGCAACAUCCGAAGUCUGGAAACCAGCGGACGAUACGACGGCAGGAAGAAGUCGGACAGUAGGUUCUCCCGGCUGGCUCAAAGGUGGAACCACAGACCGGCAGGAGAUGCUCUGAUCCGAGACCUGAAGCCUCUGCUUUCCCCGGGAGUCCCCCGAUCCUCGCUGAGCCUGGACAGACGCUUCCCAGUAGUCAUGACGCAGCAGAUGCAGAACCUGCAGUUGUCUCAGACCAGGAAGUGUCCUGGUGGCCCCGCCUCCCCAAACGCCGCCAAGCGUCUCUACAGGAACCUGUCGGAGAAGCUGAGAGGAAGCACGUCUUCCUUUGAAGACACGUACUUCUUCAGUAAGACGGACCGCCUACGCAAAGCCUCGACGAUGCAGGGCAGCGACUGCAUCUUCGAGGCGGUCGAGCAGCAGGACUUGGACUCGGUGCAGAUCCUCUUGUACCAGUUCUCGGCCGAGGAGCUGGACCUGAACACGCCCAACAGCCAGGGCCUCACGCCACUCGACAUCGCCAUCAUGACCAACAACACGCCCAUUGCCAAGCUGCUGCUGAAGGCCGGCGCCAAGGAGAGCCCACACUUUGUGAGCGUAGAGAGUCGGGAGGCCCACCUCAGCUCUCUGGUGUUGGAGGCAGAGCGGCGGGCAGCCGACCUGGCGGCCCAGGCACAGAGAGAUGGUCUUUCUCUAGAGGCGUGUCAAAAGGACAAGCAGCUGCGGGCGUGGGAGUGGAGGAGCAAACUUUACAAACGCAUGAGGACGGGCUUCCAGCACGCACGUGCCCCGGAGGCCCCGUCUAUGGUUCGUCUGAGCGUGAGCAGUAGCACGACGCUGACAGUCACAUUUCAGGAGCCACAGUGUCUCAACUCCACAGUGGUGACCAAAUACAGAGUGGAGUGGAGCUGCCUAAAGGAUUUCUCUCUGCUCGCCGGAGAGACGGUGUUGGAUAAUCUGCAGAGCCUGAAGUGCAUCAUCAGCGGCCUCACCACGGGUCGUCUUUACUACGUCAGAGUGGCGGCGUACAACAUGAGAGGCUGGGGGCCUCCUGCCUCCUCCCUCCCUCCAUCUGCUGCUCCUUCCAAUUGGAGGGAGUGUGACGGUCGUGAGCCGAGGAGGCGGGGCCACAUUGAGGCCAUGGAGCGUCUGCUGCAGCAAGUUAGAGCGACACAUACCCACUACUGCUGUGGAGACACGUCAAAGCUGCAGAACCCGAGCAGGAAGCAGUCGGUCUCCAGGAGUCUCAAACAUCUCUUCAACUCCUCCAACAAGUUUGUGAAAACACUGAAAAGAGGGAUCUACCUGGCCGCCGUCUUCUACCACAGAGACAGUCUUCUGGUGACGGCCGAGGAUCAGAUCCCCAUCGUGGAGGUGGACGACUCGUACAGCAGCUCCCUCAUGCAGGACUUCCUCUGGUUCACUAAGCUGUCGUGUAUGUGGGAGGACGUGCGGUGGCUGAGGCAGAGCAUGUCCGUGUCCAUGUCGUCGUCCUCCACCCUGCAGGCCCGAUACAAGAUGCUCACGGCCGCCGGGCAGCUGCAGAGUCUCCUCGGGACUCACAACCUGGGCCGCGUCCAUUACGAGCCAAUCAAAGACCGCCAUGGGAACGUGCUGCUGGUGACGAUCCGCGACACCGAGAGCCAGCACUCGCUCUUCAGCGGGAAGUGGAUGCAGGUGACCAAACUGCAGAGUCAGAGGAAGAGCCUGUCCACACCGGAGGAGCCGUACGCCCUGGACAUCCUCAUCAUCACCAUCCAGGACAUCCUGGCGUAUCAGCGGCGCAGCGGGAUCCGCCUGUCCCCCAGUCUGUACCUGGGUUACCUGAAGCUCAGCAGCUCGGUGGAUCAGAUCAGAGUCCUGGUGUCUCAGAGGACGCCCAACAUGCUGUGUCACACCCGCAUACGAGACAAUGCCAACGUCUCCAGGGAGGAGUGGGAGUGGAUCCAGACGCUGUCGGCUGCAGGAGAAAAAGACAGUGAGGAGGCAGGGCCCAGGACGGAGAGCCACGCCCCUUUACUGUACUACGAGCUGCAGACAGCCAUCAAGUCUCUGCUUAAACACAUCAACCUACCUCUGCACCAGGCCCGUCACUUCCGCCUCUACAGUCAAGAAGUAGUCGAGCUCGGGCACGGCGUCUCCUUCCUGCUGCUGCUCCCCGCUGCCGACAACGUCUGCUCCGCCCCUGGACAGUCCAACCCUUACACCCCGCUGUCAGGCUUCCUCCACCUCCCCCUGCAGAUGUUUGAGCUCGUUCACUUCUGCACCUACAAAGAGAAGUUCAUCAGUCUGUACUGCCGUCUCUCCUCGGUCCUGGACCUCGACGCCCUCAUUACCCAGCAGGCAUUGAGGGAGGCAAUCACUGACAGCGAGGUGACCAUAGCUAAGCAGAGACACCAACUCAUACUGGACUACAUCCAGCAGCUGGACGAGAUGCGCCGUGACCUCCGCUGGAUCACGGACGCUCUGCAGUAUGCCCGCUACAAGCAGCCUCGCGGUGGCGUUCCCAUUACCUGUCUGGUGGAUGUUAACACUCCCGAGGACUCGGGCCAGCCAAAGACCGACUCCACCUCCUCCAACAUGGACUACCUGCCCACUCCCUCCCCGUCACCGGAGCUCCGAAGGAGGAAAGCCAUCAGUGACUCUCUGCUCGGCUCAGAUGAAGACGGAUCCUCGGAGGUUUUCCUGCCGACAGACAGCGACUACGACUCUAGUGACGCCCUGAGCCCCCGUGAGCUCGACCUGCUCUACUCUCCUUCCCAGGAUCUUUCCCAGCAGGCCGUUCACUCGCUCGGCGGCAGCGCUCCAGACGUGCUCCAGAUCCACGAGCUCAGGACCCUCCCCACCUCCCCCUCCCUCCCCCUGUCCCCCAGAUUCUCCACAGACAUCCCCCUGUCCCUGCCCCUCUCCCCCGCACUCUCCGACACCACCAAGACUCUGGAGGGUCUGACCCUGUCGAAGGAGGCCGUUGCCCCCCUCAGGGCCCUGGCCAACCCCCCUGCCAAACGUAAGCUGCUCUCCAGGAGCCACCGGGGACAGUACUUCAGCGGGCCACAGCGCUGGCUCCGGGGCCACAGCGGGGAGAGCCUCACAGGUUCUCUGUCUGAAGGGGUCUACACCAAACAGGUGGACCAGGAUCUGCCUCUCCCGGGGGAUGCCCCCACCUACGUGAGCCACGCCUCCUGUGUCCUGGAGAGCAGAAAGGGACGCCAGCGAGAGCCACGCCCCCACGUACGGCGGAUCUUUGUGGAGCCAUGUAAGGAGCUCUCCCCGGGCCACGAGAGGAGGGGCUGGAAGGAGGAGGGAGGGACCAUGGAGGAGGUGACAGCAGCAGGUGUGUCUGUGGUUGUGGAGGGGGAGGAGCCAGAGGGAGCAGCCAAUCAGGACGUCGACUCAGAUGACCAAACGAACGCCCAGGUGUCCGAGAUCCUGAGCAGCACGCUUGACGGCCUGCAGGGCACCUUCGGACCUCGCUGUAGAUUGUAAACUAAAGUUGCUGGUUCAACUCUGCCAAGCCUCAGAACCCAUGGCAUCGACUGUUACAAAGAAAAUAAUCAAUGCAACGACAAACCAAGCACUGCUUCUCUGAACAGGAACUUUGCACACUUUGAUCGACCAAAAAAACCCAAGAAGAUUUGAUUGAUUUUGGCUCGUAGAGAAAUUCUUUCCCCCUGGUUUGGUUUAAGUGAAUUUGUUGGAAACGAUCCCUGCAGGUGAUUCUCCUCCCUGUUUUCAGAGCAUGGAUUCUCCUCUACUUGAAGUGAAUGUACAGAUCAGUGCGAUUGUCCGUGGUCUGCUGUGAAUCUGUCAGUCAAUGGAGCUGCUCCUGUCAGGUCUAAAUGUGGUUGAUUUAACCUGUGGUUGGUCUAAAGAGAAAGAUUUAUUAGAUAUAUAUGAACUGACCACUAAAAGUAUUUUUCUAGUCUGGGGUUAAAGUCGUGUUUCCCUCAGACGUCGGUGGACGGUCAGAUGUGUGUUUUGUUGGCAUGAAGUCGUCUGUAGCUGUCUGUUUGUCCAGACUGAAGCUUCGUGUCCAGUUUGUGCCUCCUGCAUGACGGCGUCGGGUCGGCAGGGGGAUGUAGGAUAUCUCUGUCUGCACUUUGCCCCCCCUCUCCCCUCCAGCCGACACUGAUGCUGUUUGUUGUGCUGUUGUGUUGACUUCUUUUCGUUGAGCUUCUUUCGUUUUCCUCCGAGGCUGCUGCUGCUGCUGUGUUUUAUCUUUUCUUACAAGCUGCACCAGAAAAAAAUGUCAGAGAGCAGUUUGAACAUGCACAGAUCCUUCACAUGUAUGCACGGUAUUUUAACAGUGCCGUUUUUAAUGUUUGCACAUAGCAAUUAUGGAAUAAAAGCUAAUGGAAUAUAUUUGAUGCAUUUGGGCAUUAACUGUGGCAGCUUCUCUCUCAUAAAGGACUGUAAAAGGUUGGUUCGAUGUCCUCAGACGUGUCGAUGAGAAACAUAUGAAGUUUUAACUCACAGGUGUUGUUUUUGUUUGAAUUUGUAGCACAAAUACAGCAGGCUUCUCUAAAGUACACAUCAGUACUGCAGUAGUACUUCAUCAGAGCUGCAGGCGCCUCGUUAUGUCAAAGAAAAGAACGAUUCUGCAGCUAGAGCCUGGAUAUACAGAGAGUAUUCAGACACCUUCACUUUUUCAGUUUUAUGUUUCAGCCUGAUGCUACGGUAAAAAUAUAUUUUUU